AUGGCGGAUGGCGGCCCCGUCGGAUCAACGGCUAGCGAUUGUGGCUUCUGGUGUCUGGUUACCAGUCGCCGGUUCGCGGAGGCUGUUUCGUCGCUGGCGAAGCCGAGAGACGUGGUGCUGCGGCCCAAGGAGGAGCAGGAUAUGGUGGGGUUCGGAUGGCGGGAGAUUCUGGGGUUGAAGGACAAGUCUCAGGGGAACGCUGAGCUUGCUGCUGAGACGCAUCAGGUGUACUACGUCACGAAUCGGGUGUGCGAGAGGGAGGACGAGAAGAUGGGCAGGGUGUACGGCAAGCACAUGGACAGUGUGCUGCACGUUGGCGUGGUGGAUGUGAGUUAUAACGGGAUGCUCUGGCUCCCUUUUAAAGAGGGAGUGAGAGGAUGGGAGGAUGGGAGGAUGGGCAAUGUGUACGGCAAGCACAUGGACAGUGGGCUGCACGUUGGUUUGGUGGAUUGGGAGGAUGAGCAAGGCAAGAUGGAUGGCAAGAUUGAUGGCAAGAUGGAUGGCAAGAUGGAUGGCACGAUUGAUGGCAAGAUUGAUGGCAAGAUUGAUGGCAAGAUUGAUGGCAAGAUUGAUGGCAAGAUUGAUGGCAAGAUUGAUGGCAAGAUUGAUGGCAAGAUUGAUGGCAAGAUUGAUGGCAAGAUUGAUGGCAAGAUUGAUGGCAAGAUUGAUGGCAAGAUUGAUGGCAAGAUUGAUGGCAAGAUUGAUGGCAAGAUUGAUGGCAAGAUUGAUGGCAAGAACAUGGGCAUUGGGCUGCAUGUGGGCAUUGGGCUGCAUGUGGGCGUGGUGGAUCGCGGCCUGGAAUUCAACGGACCCAUGGUGGUGUACAGCUGGCCCACCGUGGGGCGGCCGUCCGUGUCGGUGGGGCUGGGUGUGAUCAGCCUGUACCGCCAGGAUGAGGUCACAUGCAUGCAGGCCGCUCCUGAACUCAGGGAUUUGCUGCAGAUGCUGUCUAGAGAAGUGGGAGCCAAGGCGGUGCAUGUGAUGGCAUACAGCAUGGGUGCGCGCACGCUACUAGAGGCCCUCCGCCUGUCCGCGCUCUCCCCGCCGCACCUGGACCCCUUCCACGCCCGCACCGGCGUCACCUCCCACAUCUACUUCAUGGCUCCUGACGUCGCUGCUCACUCCUUCUCCUCGGUCAUAAGGAAAUUCAAGUUUCCCGGGAUUGCGUGGGAAGGGGAGACGGAGGAAAGUGAGAAGCUUGCUGGGAGAGCGUUGGAAACAGGGGCAGAGGAGGGGGAAACGGGUUUUGGCGCUUCAGAUGCCAGCUCCCCUUUGACCUUUCUCCAGCCCGCCCGGCAAGUGAAGGCAGCACCUGUGGUGUUGCCAUUGCCAUCUUCCUCUGCACAUUCCUCUGCACAUUCCUCUGCACCUUCCUCUGCACCUUCCUCUGCACCUUCCUCUGCAACUUCCCCUGCACCUUCCUCUGCACCUUCCUCUGCACCUUCCUCUGCACCUUCCUUUACGCCUUCCUCCACAUAUGACUUAAAUGCACACAGUCACGAUUCCAUGAUAGAGAGGAUCGCAGACGUGUGGAACGUGGCUGGGGAGAGCACGUCAGGCUGGGUAACGCUACGACAGGCUUGGCAGGAGGUUCGGGAAAAGGGGCUGAUGGAGGUUUGGAGUGAGAUAUUCCACCCACCAGGCCUUGCCGAACCUGGUGGCCAUGGGUCUGCCAAGGCUGUGCCAGGCCUUGGAGCCUCCGAACCAGAGAGUUUUGGAGGUGCAUCCGAGCAUGUUGUCCAAACCAGAGAAGCAGGAGGUAACGAGGCUGAGCAUAGGAAAAUCGUGGAGAUGGGUGCCAUUCUUAUGUCCCCUAUGUGCCAUUCUUAUUUCCCCUAUGUGCAGGUGCAUGCAGGGCGAGGGUCUGAUGACUUCCUCCUCUGUUGUGGACACAGGGCAUUUGACACGGUAGACGUUAGUCUCCUCAACAGCAGGCUGCUCAGCACGGGGCACUUCUACCUCUUCCAUUAUGGCUUUCCCUCCUUCCCUUCUGCACCCCUCUUUCUUUUCUCCCCUACCGGUACCCUUACAGGUGCGUGCAGGGAGAGGUUCCGAUGA